AUGUUACUCGGCGGGCUUCAUUUCCUCGAUGCUGCAGAGCAGGAGCUGGAUGACAUGAUGCUGCAGAGUCCGCUCACCUCCACGCCGUUUUCUGUCAAGGAUAUCCUCAAGCUGGAGCAGCAGCAGCAGCAGCAGCAGCAGUCCGGGUCCCUGGAGCUGACGCAUCGGGUCCACAGCCAGCAGCACUUGGCCCCCUCUCCUCCUCAGCAGCAGCAGCAGCAGCAGCAUUUCCAAACCCCUCCGUCCUGCAUGCUCGCCGGGGCCCGGGACAGCCCUUCCUUCUCGGACGGAGAGGACAACCUGGCUUACCUCAGCGCGCUGGCGGUGCGGGGGGAGGAGGACCGCGGGGAGACCAGCCUGUCCCCGGACAUGUACGUCCAUCCCGGGCUGCAGGGAGCCAAGCUGGAGGCGGCCGAGCUGGAGGAGCAGGAGAGCAAGAACUGCGGGCUGUUAUCCAGGGAGGAGGCAACAGAGGGCGGGCAGGGCGACUCAGAGAGGCCGGUGCAGAAGCAGAGAAGCCGGCGGAGACCCAGGGUGCUCUUCUCCCAGGCGCAGGUCUUCGAGCUGGAGCGGCGCUUCAAGCAGCAGCGCUACCUGUCCGCCCCGGAGCGAGAGCACCUGGCGACCACCCUCAAACUCACUUCGAACCAGGUGAAGAUCUGGUUUCAGAACCGCCGCUACAAGUGCAAAAGGCAGCGGCAGGACAAGUCUCUGGAAGCGGCGGGGCAGCACCAUCCGCCGCCGCCGCGGCGCGUCGCCGUGCCGGUGCUGGUUCGGGAUGGGAAGCCGUGUUUGGGCGGUGCGCAAAGCUACGCCGCCGCUGCUCCGUACGGAUCCAACCCGUACAGUUAUAACGGAUAUCCGACCUACACAUACAACAGCCCCGCUUACAACACCAACUACAGCUGCACGUACACCAGCAUCCCCGCCCUUCCUCCGUCCAGCACCCCGAACGCCUUCAUGAACAUGAACUUGGGAAACGUGAGCGGCCUCGGCGGCUCCCCACAGGCCCAAACACAUCAAGGGACAGCGGUCGCGUCCUGUCAGGGCUCCCUGCAGGGCAUCCGGGCCUGGUAGCCUCAGCAGAACAAAACUAGUGUCCUUCAUCAUGGAGCUCCUUCAUUUUUUGAUCUACCCACAACCUUUUUAGUCGUGUGUAUUAACUUGGUCAAAUGAAAACAGUAUUGGUUGUAUCAUGAAUGUGCGUUUGGACUCACCGGUCCGGCGACUCCAACAAUUACAAACUAAACGAGUGCGUCCACACAGCCACAGCUCGGGUGACUUUUUUCUGGUCCAGUAUUUGCUGGUGCUCUAGUUUGGCACCGGCGGGCCUGAAGCACACAUUGGAACCGGUUCGCGCAUUUCUUCUGAUCUGAACUCAAACAGGACGAUCGGAUUUUUAAAUGUUUUUAACGUGGUAUAUUUUUAGGCUAUGGACAGACUGAAUUGCUUUAACGUGUUUUUGGUUCAACAGAGAAUUGUUUUAGUCUAUUUCACAUCUAUUCAAAUAAACCCAAG